ACUAUUUGUUUAAAUAACACUUCAUACCUCGCAUAUAUAAUUCUUGAAUGUGUCGUGUAAACAUGCAAUUAUUCACUAUGCAGAAGUGAACAUCUACUGUAGUGUCAUAGGAAAUAUGUAUCUUAGUAGAACAAUAACAUAAUGAUUGGUGAUUUACAAGAGUUUGUCGAUGCUUGUUGGAAGGAUGUUCUGUCAAUGGUAAACGAGACAGCUGUUUAUAUUGAUCAUGCAGCAGCAGAAUGUCUACAUUGGUACACGGGUGAUAAAGCAUAUAUAACUUUAAAAGAUGCUGGUGCAAUUUCUGUUCAUGAAUUAUCUGUAGAUAAUUUGCGUAAUGUUCAGGCUAAAGGAGCAAAAAAAGCUGUAAUAAUUUCUACAUCAAAGAAUGCUUGUAUUUACCAAAAUACAUUAAAAUUAAUUAUAGAUAAAAAUAAUUUUGAAAAAUGUAUAAUAAUCUGUACGGUAAAUCAAACAAUUUUAAAUUAUACAUCAGUUUCACCUAAUUGUGAAGAAAAUGAAAAUAGUUAUGAUGCUUUAAAAAGAGAUAUAUUAUAUUGGAUGAACGAUAGAACAAUUUCAAAGAAUGCAAAUGUGACGAUAAUGUUUAAGCCAAUUUUCGUAGCAUGUUUAAAGAAAAAUGUAUUUGUUACACCACCUUUUGGAAAUUUAACUGCAUCUGAUUUUGAAGUAUUGAGUACUGACUCGAUAUUUAGUGAUACCAUUAAACACUUAAUAACCUCAUUUCAUCAUCUAUUUUCUUAUUAUAAUGUAAAACAAGAUAUUUACUCUUUAGGAAAAAUGAGUAAUUAUGCAGCAAAUGAAUUAAACCGUUUUUCUACAAUGAUGAAUAAAUCAAAUAGUAGAAUGAAAACAAGGAAAAUAUCUGUAAUAUUUGUAGAUAGAUUACUCGAUUUAUCAACAAUGUGCAGUUACAAUUCAGAAUCGAUAUUAGGAAGGAUCUUAUGUACACUACCUCAUUUACCACAUCACUCCAAUGAUAUUGCAGUACUUAUGGACAAUCUUAGCCUUAAGAGCGAAAAAUGUUCAUUAUCUUUGAUUGUCCCAGGAUGUUUAGCAAGUAAUAAUGAAGAAUUGAUGGAUAUACUUUUUAAUAAGAAACAAGAAAUAGUUUUAUUAAUGUUAAACAAAAUGUUGAUAGAUAUGUCAACUAGCAAUGAAAGUCCAAAAUCUCAUAAAAUCUUAACUAGAAUUUCUGUUCAUAGUUUAGAGAAAAAUAUUAAAAAAUUUCGAGAUACAGAAAGUCUGGAGUCCUUAUCUAAUAACAGUAAAAAACUUCAGUUGAUGUCUGCAGUAGUGCAAGCACUUAAAUCAAAUAAAACUGCUAAAAUUGAAUUUAUUAUAAGUUUAGAAAAAUUAAUCUUGCAAAAUUUGGCAGUUAGUGGAGAUUCUUCAAGUGUAUUAUCACAAUUCAGUAACAUUAUAAAGACAAGAAUAACGAGGGGUUUGGAUAUGGAGAAUUUAUUGGUACUUUUAAUUUAUCUAUAUGCAUUGGCUGGUCCAGAUAUAAAAUUUUCUGACAUUCAUGAAAAUGAAUUAAAAACGGCUUUAAACACUGCAAUAUACGAAGAUAUAAAAAAUUCUAGCAAUGUAGAAUCGACCAAUGAACUUUCCGCAUAUUAUCAAACUUUAUUACUUUUACGUGCUACCGAUGACGAGGCUACAAGAGAAGCGUCAGUGAAAAUGACAGAACAAAUAAUGGAAAUGUUACAUAAAACCUCUUUACAAAGGCAAUCACUAAAGAAGUACAGACAAGUAAUAAAUAAAUCUAAUCCACAUAAUAUGGCCCAACAUGUUGGUAUUUUAGAGAGAUUUGUUAGAGAUUUAUUGGAUAGAACGUCGUAUAUGCCAGAUUUAGGAUUCAUUGACACUGUACCUUCACUAUAUAAAUAUCUAGUAGGUGAUAAUGAAGUACAUCAUCCUUGUGAUUCUCCCUGGGUUAUAAUAUAUGUUCUUGGUGGUAUUACCCCAGAUGAAAUAAGGACCAUAGAAAAUAUUCAAAAAACUAAAGAAGUAACAUCACCUAUAAUCACUAUUGGAGGAACGAGGUUGUUAAAUCCACAAGAAGUGGUGGAUAAGAUUUUAUUAUCAUAUAUUAAAAAUAUCUAAAUUUUUAUCAAAUUUUUAUUUGUUUAU